AUGCCUCCUCUUCCGCUCGACGAGCGCAUAGUGGUCAUCCAGCGCCCUAAAAAUAUUUCCUUGUGCGAGGCUUCCCCUCAAACGAUUCCUCAUCACUCGUCUCAGAUAUCCACUUCUUCCAAUGGACAAAUCACUCGUGCUUCUCGUCCUCACUUUUCUCAGCCCCAUUUCUACUCACCCACCUGUAAAUCGCUGACUCUGGAAUGCAAACGCAGAUCUUCCCGUCCCCAGAAAGCCACGGGCGACCAUCCCAUUGUACCGCCGGGUUACAGACACGUCCCGAGCCACUGCCACAGCAACGGAACCGUAACUCUCAGCCCACGAUUGCCGUCCCACACGCAUACUAUUGAUAUCAGAUUGACUCUUGACAAAAGCGGAAGAACGGGAAUCAGCAACUCGCUCGGUCGUAGCGGAAGUGCCAAAGGUACACGGGGGAAAUGCGUCCCUUCGCAUUCAGAUCAGAUUGAUAGAAGAAGUAGUGCUGCUGAACAGUCAGGCGGAUGUGAACACAAAUCGCAGAGAAGUCGACACGGUCAGCUGUUGUCAUCCACCGGAGGUGUCCUGCAGUUUGUCCCUGCGCAGGCACAGCAAUACAUUUUCAAAAAUGUAAAAGAGAAGGAAAAUUCAACUUUUCUGAACAGACCUGACCCUGAAUUCUCCUUGCUGGAUCAUAAAAUUUCCAAGCUGGGCACUGUGCAACAUAGUCUUCCCUACCACCACAAUUCCGUCCCUGUGCCCCAUGCGGCUAUCCUAAACUCCAACCACCCCUCAUCCUCUCCCCCUCAACCCGCACACAUCCCCGUCUCCUUCCAUCAAUAUAACCAGCCUCGCUCAUCCCGCCAUAGAGAUCACCGUCCUCAUAUUCUUCAUGGUCUCCCCCUGUCCCCAUGCACUUCUCAUGCUGGAGGCUUCCCCAGUCCUGACCACACGUGCACCAUUGACUGCUCCCAUCCCUUCGGCUGUGGUUGCUGGAGGUUGAUCAGAUGCAGAGGGUCGAAAGGACAUUCUUCCAGUUGCCAAGGUGGUGGAGAUAGUUCUUCCACGUCAUUUUCUUGCACACAUAAUGUUGGCGCAGUAAAAAAAAGAGGCAAAGAAAUGGGCCUGAGAAGUCUGGGAGGGUGUCUCUCUGCCGCUUCCACAUCUAACACUUCCUCAACCAACAGCACUGUGUCUGAACACCGAUCAAGCCUGUUCAAACCUCUCCACUGUGCCUCCUGUUCCAGUGAGGCUGGAAACUUUGAGAGUCCUGCGAUUCUUCGUAAAAAAAUGGUCGGAGGAUGUCUGCCUUGUAUGCCAUUGUCCUCUUCGGCCCCACUCCGGGCAAUUCAGAGCUGUGUCACCGGUUGCAACCCCAAAGCCUCUCACACUGGUAGCUCCACCUGCAGCUAUUGUAGCAGUGACCCAAUAGUAGUAACAUUCAACCCUCGCCGAUGUAAACCUCCAGGAAGAAGCAUCGGUGCACCUCAUUCGGCUGCUAUGUUUCAAGCAGAUGAUGAUGACUAUAGUGUACGUACGAUCUGGCCUGAAGAACUGUCGAGAAAGAUGACCCAUUCAACAGCCCAAGGAAAUCACUGUGCCGGAAUUGGAAUAGGAGUUGGAAAGACUGCUUCGAGGCAGAUCCCAAAUGAAAGCAAAAGAACCGGGCUGGCCCAUCUGAACUGUGAAGACCUCCAAGAGUACGCACAUUCACAGUUCACGGACCGCGCUGGUCGGAGGAGACUGCACCAGGAUAAGAUGGCAGCUCUGGAUUUCACUGGCUGCAGGUCAGGAACGGGGUACGACGAACAACGGAGCUCGUUCAGGACGCUUCUUGAUAAAGACGAUGUAGGAACAACCAGCUCUCCCGAGCACCAUCGAGACACAGCAUAUCCUAGUUUGCCUCACCCGCGCUCCCCUUCUCCGCCGUCGCCAGUUUCCUUUUCGCCUCCACCGUCCGCUCCUAGCACACUCAUCAAACCCAAACCCUGGCAGAGAGAUAGGGAAGGGGGACAUUCUCUACCAUCAGCCCAGUCCCUUCAUUUGGCUCUCAACUCACUCAACAGAGACCCACAUGAGGAGAAGAGCAGAAUGCACCUCUCUCUGCCGCUCUCCUCUUCGCUGCCAGCUUCCCUGUCCGAUGAGUCUGCAAUGACUCCUGAUGCAGAGAAUGCAGUGGUCAGCGCCAUCCUACCUUUCUUGUUUCUUGGGAAUGAAAGAGACGCUCAAGACCUGGAUCUGUUGUUACGCCUCAACAUUGGCUACGUGGUCAAUGUGACGACACACCUUCCUCUCUACCACCUCAAAUCGGGACUGCACUACAAAAGGCUGCCAGCCACAGACAACAGCAAACAAAACCUUCGCCAAUACUUUGAGGAGGUUUUCGAGUUCAUUGAGGAAGCAUAUCAGAGUGGGCAGGGCGUGUUGGUGCAUUGCCAGGCAGGUGUGUCCCGUUCCGCAACCAUCGUCAUCGCCUACCUAAUGAAGCACACCCUCAUGACAAUGACAGACGCCUACAAAUACGUACGCAGCCGUCGUCCUGUGGUAUCCCCGAAUCUAAACUUUAUGGGGCAGCUUUUGGAGUUUGAGAGGGACCUCAAUUCCGGUGUGACACCUCGCAUCCUGAUGCCUAAACUUGAUGGUGUAGAGACCCAGGUAAUGAAAGGAGAUACCCCAGUGAACAGCACCAUGAGUGUCGGUCAGGCCAGGAAGCUGGUUGAGCAACUAAAGAUCGAGGCUAGCUUCUGCAGGAUAAAGGUAUCCAAGGCAGCCGCUGACCUGAUGGCAUACUGCGACGCCCACGCUUGCGACGACCCCCUGAUCACACCCGUGCCAACGUCUGAGAACCCUUUCAGGGAGAAGAAGUUCUUUUGCGCUCUGCUUUGA